AUGCAGACGACCAACUCCAAGACUAACCUAUCCACCCAGCUGGUGCUGAGUGAGGAACAGAAGCUACAGAUUCAUAAGGAACUCAUCGACCUCCAAAUUGAAACCAAUCGCUUGAGGGAGCAAUGUGAGAACGAGAGCUUUGAGCUGAAGUGUGAGAUUCUAACACUGGAGAGCAGAGUCCUAGAGCUGGAACUGACUGGGGAGAGAGCUGGCCAUGAGCAGGCAGGGCUGGCAGAGCAGCUAAAGCUACUGGAAGGCAAGCAUCAGGAGCUGUCAGAUGCUUACAUCAGCCUGAAGAACAACUACCAGACCCUGGCCAAGCAACAUGAACCUGAGGUGCUCCGGAGUGAGGAGCCAAGCCUAGAGCUGUUUCCCACGUCUAAGAAAAAACAUUCUUUCCCAGUCCAGACAAAACCAUCAUCUUCUUCCCAACCCUCAGAGCUUGGGGUAGCUGCUGAGACAGCUGCCAGGCCAGAGAGGAUCAGAUCUUUGGUACAAGGGUUUACUCACCAGAAGCUCAAGAUAGAAGACAUCAUUGCCUCUGAACAGGAGCAGAAGAAAAUGGAGAAGGUAAGUUUGCUGGCUAGCCAAGAGUACAUUCAGGAAGAGAUGGAAAAGAUGAAGCUACUGCAAAAGACCCAUCAGGAGAAGCUGGAGGAGAGAGUGGCAGUGCUGGGAAAAGAACUCCAGGAUGCCAAACAGGAGAUCCGUGGCACACAGCAUAAGAUGGAUGAACAGGCACUGUCUGCUUCCCAGAAGCAGCUUCAAGAAGUGGAAAAGGAGAAUUCCAGACUGCAGCAACAGCUGAAGAUGAUGAAUGAAGAAUAUCGCACCAGGCUUCUGCACUAUGUGAAGAAGAUGGCUUCUUACAUGGACAACACUACCCAGGGCCACCAAGGGCCUCAACAGACAGAUGCUACAGAGCCAGGAGCCAUGAAGAAACUCUUGGAUGGAAUGCUAAAUGACAUGCAGGCCUCAAACCGAAGCCGAGAACAACAGCUGGCCAAGGUUGCCCGGAACUACAAGAAGAGGAUGGAGAGCCUGAUGAAGAGUCAUGAGAGCCUACUCAAUGCCUACAGGGUCCUGAGAGAGCAGAUUAAGGCCCGGGGUGGUCCUGACAUGGAACCUGGUCCUCUGGAAGCCUACUUCACCACCAACGAGAUUGAUCUUCAGUCCAACCUAACCCAAGAGCUCAACAAGCUUCGUGAAGACAAGGCUCAACUGGAGACUCAAAUUCAGGAACUGCAGGCCAAGAAUGGAUCCAACAAAGCCUCUGAUUUGGGGACGUCUCUGCCACCGGAUGAAGUGGUCUGGGCCAAAAUCCAGAAGCAGCUUCAAGAGUUCACCCAAAACACUCAGAACGAGCUAGAGAAGGAGAGGAGCCAUUUGUGGAGCCGGGCCUUGGUGGCAGAACAACAACUCUCACAACUGCAAGAGUAUGUGGACAAACAUCUAGGCAGGUACAAGCAGGAGAUCCUGAGGCUGAGGAAGCUUCUGGGGAAUGAGUCCUCAUAG